AUGGAGCGCCCGACGGCCGUGCGCCUCUGCAGCAUCACCGUCCUGCUGGGCGCUGCCCUCCUCCUGCCUGCACCCGGGGGCACCCAGGCUCCGAGCGACACCGGGCAGAAGGACCUGGCCGCGGAGCAGGAUUUGGUCAAGGAAAUCAUCCUGGGCAUACGAGCCGUGGAGCCACCGGAAGAGAGUGAGAUCUCCAAAGAGGUGGAACCAGGUAUAAAGGUCUUCUCCGGCAGCGCCUGGGCUCGAUGGGACCCCCGCCAAGCCCAGGAGGGACCGGAGGAGGACCGCGACCACCUCCACCACUCCCAGGACGAUGCCAGCGAGGUCGAUGCCAGCGAGGUCGAUGCCCGCGGGUCACCCUGGCUGAUGUCCCUGGAGGUGCAGAGCGGCCCCGAGGAGGACCGCGACCAUCUCCACCACAGCUGA